AUGAGCACUCACUGUGACAAGGACAUCAGGCCACAGGGUGACAAGAAGAGUCUUGGAUUUGGAGACGACGAAAAAGACCACGACGACAAGACAGCAAAGCACAACAGCAUUGUGGAGCUCACCAAUGUCGAAGACCUUGUUGAGAAAGAAGACCCGGACAGGCCGCUGAUCAUAGUGCCGAGCCACAAGACAGUGAGCAUGCAAUCGAGGCUACAGAGCCUCCUUGCACAGCAGGCCGAACGGGAGAAGAAGGAGAUUGCCGAGAAGGAGAGCGAACUAGCCAAGGAGAAUGAGCUGCUGGGGUUCGGCCUGAACGAGCCAAGCAAACCCGUCGAAGAUACAGCUGAAAAGCCUAGUACGCCGUCAACUUCGUCGACUGACACUCUUUCUGCAAAGCUGUCCGAGAUUGGAGGCGAGGAGCCCACCGACGAAAGCUACAGCAAGGUACCCGUGUCCAAGGCAGACGGCGGGUCAAGACGCGGCUCGAGAUCAAGCCAGAGUUUAGACGACGACUCGUCCAGGACAGGCAUUCCUAGAGCACAUGUGAAAAACCAUUCGAAAAGACAACAAGAAGGGUCUCUGUCCUACAGAAAAUACAGCGAGUUCACGAGACGUAAAGAUGGGCUCGAGCUGGAUGAGUUGACGAUCGAUGAAGACUCGUUUCGCAGAAACGAUGCCGGCAGAGAUAGAACGGGAAGAUUCAGAAGUGUGGAUGGGGACGGAACUGGAGAUGAGGAAGAUAUUAGCAUCGACAACAACGCCGCAGCUGGAACGGAUGUCGAUGUCGAUGCCGACGACUCUCUCUAUCCGAAGGGAUGGCGGCCGUUAAUAGUGGUGUUUGGGAGUUUCCUUGCAUGUUUCACCUUGUUCGGUGUGAUGAAUGCCAUCGGUGCUAUUGAGGCGUUCGUGCAGGAGAACCAGCUUGCUUCGGACUCGGUCUCCUCGGUCUCUUGGGUCUUUUCCAUCUACAUGUUCGUGUCUCUCUUUUUGGGGCUUUUGGUCGGCCCGUUGUACGACACAUUUGGCGCCACCUACCUCCUACUCACAGGAAGCAUCCUAACAUUUGCGGGGCUCUUCUCAUGUGGUUCUGCAACUACAAUCUACCAAUUCAUCUUGAGUUUUGGGUUGUGCACAGGCAUGGGAACGGGGUUCCUCAUGUUCCCUGCAAUUUCCGUCAUCUCCAGUUGGUUCAACAGGGUGAAAAGACCAUUCUACAUUGGCGUGGCACAGACUGGGGGUUCUGUUGGUGGUAUUUUUUUCCCUAUCUUGUUAAGAUACUUGUUUGACAAAUACGGGUUCACCUGGGCUAUGAGAAUUUUUGCUUUGUUCAACUUGGGUGUCACUUUACUCUCGGUCCUUUUGACGAAGGACAGAUUGAAGGAGCUUCGGGAUUUAACAGGCGAAGCAAUCGAUGAAAGAACAUUCUGGGAUAAGCUCAAAGGUUCCAUCGACUUAAACUAUUUUAAGGACAAAAAGUUUAUGGUUUUGACUAGUGCACUUUUCAUGAACGAGUUCUCGUUGUUAAUUGUGUUGACCUAUCUUGCAUCGUAUGCAAUGGCCUACGGAGCAUCAGAAUCGGAGAGUUAUGUAAUGCUUACGAUCUUAAACGUUGCCGGGACGUUCGGCAAAUUCAUCCCAUCGUAUUUCGCCCAGAAAUACGGUUGUUUCAAUAUGAUGAUCUUGAUGUCUGUCUCGAUGACACUGGAAUGUUUCAUUAUUUGGCUUCCGUUCGGCAAACACAAAGCUGCAUUGUAUGUUUUCAUCGUGCUCUUUGGAUUUGCCUACUCUGCUACAUACUCGUUGACAGGCGCCACGGUUGGGGCCAUAACCUCAAAAACAAAGGACUUUGGGAAGCGCUACGGGUCUGCUUAUGCGAUUGUUUCGUUUGGAAACUUAGUCUCCCUUCCUAUAUCCGGUGCUUUUAUCGUCAACAAGACUACGAGUGAUUAUGAUCACAUGGUAGCCUUUGCCUCUGCCUCGUGCUGUGUGGCCUCAAUUCUCUUCCUUUUCUCCAGAUAUACCAUUGUUGGAAGAAAGUGGAAAGUUGCCAUCUAA